AAGAGGAGGACUGGCCACUUUUAUUGGCUCCGCCCAUACCUGGAGACGAUCUUUUAUUGCAGCACCUGCAGAUAUAUAUCUCUCUCUGUAUGGCCCGGCACUUUGCUUCACUCCCUUGGCAUCCCAGACAGAGCAGAGGCUUUCACACCUUCAUUGCCAUUCCACCUGCUCCAGUGCAACCAUGAGAAAAGAAAUUUGCACCAUCGCUUUUCUCCGAGCUGUCUUCUGCGAGUUCUUAGCCACCCUGCUUUUCGUCUUCUUCGGUUUGGGCUCAGCCCUGAAGUGGCCUUCGGCCUUGCCAAGCGUCCUCCAGAUCGCCCUGGCUUUCGGCUUGGCCAUUGCCACGAUGGUGCAGACAUUUGGUCCCAUCAGCGGUGGCCACGUCAACCCAGCAGUGACCAUUGCCUUCUUUGUAGGGAACCAGAUCUCUUUCCUCCGGACAUUGUUCUAUGUUGCAGCCCAGAUGAUCGGUGCCAUCGCCGGGGCAGGCAUACUUUAUGCGGUGACUCCUUCUAACGCCCGUGGCAACCUGGCAGUCAACGCGCUCAGCAACAACACAACCGCAGGCCAGGCUGUGGUGGUGGAGAUGAUCUUAACUUUCAUGCUUGUUAUGUGCAUCUUUGCCUCGACUGACAGCCGCCGGCGUGACCAUGUGGGCUCCCCAUCCCUGUCUAUCGGACUGGCUGUCACUCUGGGCCACCUCGUUGGGAUCUAUUUUACUGGCUGCUCUAUGAAUCCUGCCAGGUCUUUUGGACCUGCUGUUGUCAUGAAAAGAUUCAGCAGUGCUCAUUGGGUCUUCUGGGUAGGCCCCAUCGUUGGAGGCAUUUUGGCCUCUCUGCUUUACAACUACCUUCUGAUGCCUCAUCCAAUGAACAUGUCAGAGAGGGUCGCAAUUGUGAAAGGCACUUACGAGUCGGAAGAAGAGUGGGAAGAGAAAGAGAAAAGCAUAGAAAUGGCCUCCUGCAAAUGAGAACGCUCUGGAUGAGAAGGUAGAGAAGACUCAAACACCCCCUGAUGCCAAAUGAACACUGACCAAAUGCCUUGCAAUUUAAAGAACCAAGAUAGCUUCCACUGAUGCCUGGGGACCGAAGAGGGAAUCAGGGGGACAUUACUUGUGUAAAUAACCAUUGUGAGUAUGUGUGUGUGUGCAUGUGUGUGUGUGGGUGCAUGGGAAGAAGAAAGCUGGAACAUGGAUGGUUUGAGCACAGUCCGUUUUGGGAACAAGGCAUUCAAAGUGCUGCACCAAACAAGAAUCGCAUUGUAACGUCUCAGGACCGGCAAAGACCUGCAAGUGUUCUAGAGUUAUGCCUGGCACCUUAGCUUUUGCAACUGUGCGAGGGGUGGGUGUGUUAAUAGUUUCUUUAGCAGUUUAUAUUUCCCUUCCUGAUGGGCUACAGGACAAGUACCCCCAGGUCCACAUAUACUCUGGGCUUUCAGGGUUUGGGGGCAAAGUUGCCUGAGCUUGAAUUUCCUAGGCUUGGUCCAGCUUCAUAUAUGCAAUAAUGCUUGCAACUAGCCCUUUUUUGUAUGCUUAAUACAGCUCCAGCCCACAUACACUGUAAAUAUUCACAUGAACCCCUCAGGUCGGAGUUACAGUGGGGUUUAUGGAGUGAUACAUUGGACAGGGAGAUGAGAAUUUGUGUGAGACGACCCUACAGAAACACCCCAGCCUUUAGAGAAAAAGACUGCCACAUAUACAUUCACGGAGAAAAGGAAAACACCAUCCAGACUCUUGCCUUGCCUUGAUUUCCAUCUUCCAUGGGUUCAAGCAAGCGGCAAAAGGAAGAGAAACAAUUUCUAGAUCUACUGUACAAAGCACAAGGCCCCUUCCUUAGACGGGUUGACAUCCUUGCUCCAGCUCGACACUUCUGCCUCUAGUCGAUGUGUGAGAGGAUUGAUAGCAUUUGCGUUUGGCCAGGUAUCAAGAGGUUAAGACCUAGAGGAGGCAGAGCCAGGAGUCGGGAUGGGGGAAUGGGACUGGCGGGAGUGGAGCCAAUAAAAUCCAGAGGUUUGCUGCUGCUGCAGCUGGUGUUGGCAGAGGUGUUAGACCUGGCCUGUGCUUGAAGGGUGAAGGAUCUGCACAGGAGAUCACGUGUGAGAGUAAUCUCCAUUGCUGCCCCUGAACAAAAUCUCCCCUGUGGCUCUGGGCCCUUGCAACUCCUCUUUCCUUGGUCUGAGGAAAGGUGUGGCCACAGAGGAAACAGGCACAACUGAGGCUGCUGACUCAGUCACUCAGGCAGCAGUGUGUGAAAUGGACCAUUUGGCUCAGCUCCUGAGGAUAGGAGGUGGGUCACCUUCAGAGUUCAAGACACAUUGCAGGUGCACUAAGUGGGAGAGGUGCAGCUGAAUUUCACUUCAAGAAAAGAAAAAUCAGCUUCAAACAAAAAUCUUACUAACCGCAAAUUCUGGCUGUUGAACAAAAUAAUUUGGCAACAGAAUCAGAUUUUAAAAGAAACGUCCCUGAAAUAUCUGGGGAGAGUUUUGUUUGCUUGGUUGGCAGCCCAGUUAAAGGGAAGGUAGUUUUGGGUGCUUCAUCCAGAGGCGAGCACAGGUAUGAUGAGGAACUGGACCAAAAGUCAGUCCUCCUGCAGCUGUGGGGGAAGUCAGAGAUGUGCGAGGAAAAUCAAUCCAGAAAGAAUGAUCUGUCCAUUAACCCUUUCCAAAGUGUUAUAUAACUUGAGCUGGGCGGGGAAAGACUGCUGUUUUCUGCGUUGGCCGGUGUCUUGCUGAGUUUAUUUCCUGUUUAAUGCAAUUUCAUUUAUUAUUAUGAGGGUCUCUGUAAUA